AUGUCUUUGCCAAGGAAAGUGCCUUACACGAGGCUGGGGAACUCUGGGUUGAAGGUUUCCAGAAUCAUACUUGGGACCAUGCAGUACGGCAACAAGGGAUGGCAAGAUUGGGUCCUCGGGGAGGAUGAAGCGGUCGAACACAUCAAGGUCGCUUAUGAAGCAGGAAUCCAAACUUUUGAUACCGCUGAUACAUAUUCAAAUGGUUACUCGGAGGUGAUUCUUGGACGGGUCAUCAAGAAAUUGAAUUUGCCCCGCGACGAAAUCGUCGUCAUGACCAAGGUGUUCAAUGUAGUCGGACGUGAAUACGACAUCCACCAGCUUGCUGGGCGUAACAACCCAGAUCAGAAUGGUUAUGUGAACCAGCAUGGCCUCAGCCGGAAGCACAUCUUCGCAAGCGUGAAAAAGAGUCUGGAACGGCUUCAAAUGGAUUACAUCGACGUGCUACAAUGUCACAGAUUCGACACUGAAACACCGAUGGAAGAGACGAUGCAAGCAUUACACGACGUCGUCAAAGCCGGUUAUGUCCGUUACAUCGGAAUGAGUUCUUGCUGGGCGUACCAGUACUACGCUAUCACAAACAAGCUCACUCCAUUCAUCUCCAUGCAGAACCAUUACAGUCUACUCUAUCGUGAGGAGGAGCGCGAGAUGUUCCCUACUCUCAAGAUGUUUGGUGUUGGCUCAAUUCCAUGGUCUCCACUGGCUCGCGGUGCCCUCACACGCCCCCUUGGACAACAAACAAGCAGAGGUCAAGUUGAUUGGCGAGUAUUCCAAUAUCUUCACGGGAAAUACAGCGAUGCUGACAGGUUAAUCAGGGUCGAGGAACUUGCCAAGAAGAAAGGUGUGAGCAUGGCCCAAAUAGCCAUCGCGUGGAUCUUAACCAAGGAUGGAGUAUCGGCUCCUAUUGUUGGAACCACGAGUGUUGCAAACCUGAAAGAUAUCAUUGCUGGAAUAGACGUGAAACUUACGGCGGAGGAGAUUAAAUACCUCGAGGACGAGUACAAACCGACUGCUGUUAUUGGUCAUUUCUGA